UGAGAAGUUUAAUCUGAAGCUUCGUCGGUUCAAGUUGAGAACAUCAAUUGUGCUCUCAUCUCGUCAUUCCACAUUGGAACAGACGAGUGAAUACUGAUCUUUAAACCGUACUUUCGUUUCGUUUCAUCGACUCGACAUGCUCGAUCAUUUUCAAAUAUUAACCGCAUUCGUCGCGGCAUUUUUCGCUUUAUAUUAUUACUUCACGUCGAAGUUUGAUUUUUGGAAAAAUCGUGGCGUGAUUGGACCCAGACCUAUACCAUUUUUUGGAAACGCCAAAGAUGUUCUACUAAGAAAAAUUGGAAUUGGCAGCUUCAUAACGGAGCUCUAUAAGAGAUACGACAACGAGGCGAUGUUCGGGAUAUUCUUCGGCGGAUCGCCUAAUCUCGUUUUGCGCGAUCUUGACCUCAUCAAGGACGUUUUAAUUAAAGAUUUCUCUAUAUUUGAUAAUCGAGGAUUAAAUACUCCCGAACGAGUCGAGCCUUUCUCUGUAAAUCUGUUCAGUGUGGACGCUAAAAGAUGGCGACCAUUAAGGACGAGAUUGUCACCGGUAUUUACUUCUGGCAAAUUGAAGGAAAUGUUUCCCUUGAUAUUGGAAUGCGCCGAACACUUGGAGCAAUGCUUGGAGGAUGUUGUAAAAAGAGGAGGGCCUGUGGAUUGUUUUGAAAUACCAGCGAGAUACACGACAGAUGUUAUUGGAAGUUGCGCUUUCGGAAUCAACAUGAACGCGUUGUCAGACGAGCGUAGUGAAUUCCGCAGAAUGGGGAAAAAAAUCUUUGAGCAAAACGCGAUCAAGUUUAUGAGGAAUUUUCUUCGAGAUUUUUUCCCACGGUUCUAUAAUUUACUUGGCUUCAUAUUGCCGUAUCCGGAAUCAACUGUAUUUGUGACGAAGGUAAUCACGGGAACGAUCAAAUACAGGGAAGAGAAUAACGUCGUGAGACCAGAUUUUGUAAAUUUGUUGAUGGAAUUGAAGAGGCAUCCGGAAAAAUUGAAGAGUAUCGAAAUAACGGACACUUUACUAGCCGCGCAAGCUUCCGUUUUCUUCGCGGCUGGAUUUGAAACGUCAUCGACGACAAUGGCACACGCUCUCUAUGAAAUGGCCCUGAAUCCUAACGUACAAGAUAAACUGCGAAAAGAAAUGAAAGAAUUCCACGGCAAAAAUAAUGGGGAUCUGAAAUACGAGGAUAUCAAGGAAAUGAAAUAUUUGGACAAAGUAUUUAGAGAAACACUGAGAAAGUAUCCACCAGGGAUGCUCUUAAGGCGACAAUGCAACUCUAAUUAUACUUUCCAUGGUACAAAAGUAUCGAUACCUGCUGAAACAUCUAUACUUAUUCCUCUGUAUGCAAUUCAAACAGAUCCAAAAUUCUAUGAAAAUCCAGACGUGUUCGAUCCUGAAAGAUUUAACGAGGAUGCCGUAGCUGCAAGGCAUCCAAUGACUUAUUUACCAUUUGGUGAUGGACCAAGGAAUUGCAUUGAAAUACGAUUUGCUAAACAACAUUCUAUAUCUUUUGACGUAAUUAUUCGGAUAUAUAUUUAAAAUUCUGAUCUUCUAUUGUAGAAGUAAAUUAUUGAUAAGUCCAUUUUCAAAAAUGAAAAAAUACUUAUCCUAUUUUUUUUAUUCUUAUUUUAUAACCUGAUAAAAUUUCUUUAUAUGUAUAUGUGACAAUAAAUAAUUAAAUAAUUGAAAAAAUAAAUAUGUGACUUGAUAAAUAGAUUACAUAACAUUUGAAGAUAUGUUUAUCUUUAUUAUAUAUUAUUGUAUAAUAUAUGUAUACUUUUUUAUCAUUUGAAUUCAUUAAAAGUAUAAAUUGUGAAUUAAUAAAUUAAAUCCGUAUUUUAAGACAUAUAUUUUCUCGUUCUUUUGCAUUGUUCAAUACAAAUUUCUUAGUAGCUUCUCGCAAUACUUAACUUUUUAUUCUAAAAGUCAAUAUAUUUAAAAAAUUAUAAAAUUUUGUAAAAAAAUAUAAAAUAAUCUAAAAUUCUAAAAGAUGAUUAUAUUUAUAUAUAUAUAUAUUGUUUAAUAAAAUAAUUGUGUUUUAUAUAUUAAAUCAUUAUGUGAAAUAUUAUCUCGUAUACCUUAUUUUAUAUAAGGAUUUACUAUUUUUUUCUCAAAAAAUUUCUCUUCUAACAGAUGCAAAGUAUUUUCCAACAUUUAAACAAACAUUGUGCACUUUAAUAUUAAUUAUGUGAACUAAGAUGUCCGAAUUAAAUCGUAAAAAUAUUUUUUGUUAAGCAAUAUUUUU